AUGGAACCCGCUCGGCGAGUAAUUGACGUUGAUGAGGAGGAAGAGGCACCCCAUAUGGGGCAACAUCAUGCUUUGGUGCCGGUUGAGGAGGAUAGUCCGUCAAAGCGAGCUAAAACUCACGCACUGGCAUCCCAAGCCGCAAUGGAUCAACGACAGUUGGUAAACCUCAUCCAGUCAACCAUUCAGGAGUCAGUUGCGUCCUCCCUCAGCCCCAUGCAAGCCACAGUCCAAGCAUUGGCAGACAAGUCUUCCGUGCAGGAUGGUCGUCUUGACAGUGUUGAACACGUGCUAAAUUCUCAACAUGGUUUGCUUCGGGACAUGGACUUGAAAUUGCAUGACAUGGACUUGAAACACUCAAGCCGGAUGGAUGCUUUGCAGGAUGAGCUUGUUCACUUGCAAAAGGCCGUCUCAAGCCCCAAAGCCGCUCAAUCUCCGUCGUCUCUUGGUUCUCCUGUCUCGGCCUCUGGGCUCCAAAGUGGAACUUUUGACAUAGUGAUUGGUGGUUGGAAAGAAGGAUCCACCCGUGAUUGGGUUGAGAAGGAAAUUGGAAAGUUGCUUGUGUCUGCUGGUGUUGAGGGAGAUGUUUCGCAAGCACUUUUGUAUGGCAAGCGCCCCAAUUUCGCUAAGUUAAGCUUGAAGAUGGAAAGCCAAUGGGCCCCUGCUCAGCGCAGAGAAUUUCAGUUGCGGGUCUUGACCCAUCUUCGGGAGGCUCGGUGGAGUCCAGGGGGGUGUGACGCUUGGAUUACCACAGACAAAACACCGAAGCAGCGCAGGGUCUCCAGGGCGAUCGCCCAAUUGAAUGCUUUCCUUCGAGACCAGCUGAAAGUUGAUCGUGCUUUGCUUGAGGUGGCGUCGUGGGCGUCGGCUAAAGCCUAUAUCGGUGAGUUUCGUGUCACCGGUCUCACUGAAGAAAACGAAUAUGGCGCCAAGCCCUCCUGUGAUGUUGAUGACUUGCGUUGGCUUGUUCAUGAUGCCCGGCUUGGAAUCACUGUUUGGCUUGACUUGGCUUCUCUGGCAAUGUCGCUUGGCAUGGAUAAGGCAGAUGUCAAGGCCAAAUGGCUGGCCCACUUCGGUGGCCCUAGCCUGCCCAUUGCUGCUGCUGCUGCUGCUGAGGGCGAGCCAGUCUCACCCAGUGAUGAGCUGAACAACAGUUUGUUGCAAUUUGGCACUUGGAAUAUUCAAGGAAAGCCUCUUGAAUUGGCCCUCACAGCUUUGCAUGACUUUAGCAUUGACUUGCAUGCCAUUGCUCUCCAGGAAGUGGGGCGGGUGAGUGAAGAGGACCCACAUUUGCCCAUCCAUGUGUCUGAGUGUGAGGGAUUUGUCGUCCUCACAGCCAAGCCCAGUGCUUGCUUCCGUCACCUUGCCCUUGGGCUUGAUGGAGAUUGCUUUGCUGAUUGGUGCAGCGGCCAGGUGGGACAUUCUCACUUCAGUUGUGCUGUACAGAUCCCACCGUUCCAAAGGAGUGUUUGCUUGGUUACUGCCCUUUUGCCUCAUCAGGGCCGACCAUUGGAUGACUUUCUGGCCGCCUUGUUGUCUUUGGAGGAGUGCUUGGCCCCCCUGGUCCGGAAAAACCACCCCAUAAUCCCUCUUGGCGAUUUGAAUGUGGACUUGUGUCAGGGUAGUGGUGCUCGCCUUACUGCACUCCUCGCGUGCUUUCAAAAGCUUGGGUUGCUCCAUUUCUCCACGGAUUCGGCGCCCACGUGGGGCACCCACCGCUUGGAUCAUCUCGUCUGCAACUGUUUGGUCGUUGACACUUGUCGGGUCUUCCCUUGCCAGACCGCUUGCCCAUGGGCUGUGGUGGAGGUUCGGCCUGGUCUCAAGCAAGCUCUGUCUGUGGACCACAACUUCGUGCUGCAUGAGUUGUUGACUGUUGGCCGGGUCCGCAGGUCUCGGGGUCACCGGUUUCGUCGCUAUCGUGCUUUCCUGAACAGGCCCUGCAAGAUGCAUGUGACAAACGUGCCCCUGCUGCAACAGAAGAUUUAUGGCUUCUUGGACUUUGCCUCUCGUAGUGGUGUGCCUGACCCCCAGUCUUUCCUUGCUGAGUGCGCUGUUCAGUGUUGUUCCCGUGCUCCCGCUCUCCGGUUCCGUGACUCCCCCGAACUGCAACAAUUGUGUCGGGCUCGGUCCCUGUGUGGUGACACGCAUCAGCGCAAGGACCUGUCUCUGUCCAUCCAUGUUCGUCGCAAGUGGGAGAAACAGCUGUGGAGACGCCAUCUACUGGACCGGGCUUCUUGUGGGGAUUGGAGUGCGAGGCGCUUCCUGCAGCGUAAGUCUGGCUCCUCUGCUUCCCGCGUUGCUGCUGGGCUCGUCCGCCAGUUUGGCUCUCGUGAUGCUGCCGUUGCCCAUGUCAAGGAUCAUUUUGAACAAAAGUUUGAUUUUCCCGUUGCAGCGCCUAUAUCGUUCAGUGACUUGCCCAAUAGUGAGCCGGACUUCACCGAGGAGGAGGUGUGCCGGACUGUUCUGAAAAUGAGGACGGGCAAGACCACCGGCAUGUCGAAAGUUAGCGUUGAGUUGCUCCGUUGUUUGGUUGCCUUGCCCUUGAGUCUCCAUGCCCUGACGCUCAUGUUGAAUUCUUUCCUCCGUGAUCCUACAACUGCCAAUGUGGAACUUGCUUCUGGUUGGGUCAUACUCUUGCCCAAGACUCUGUGGGUAUGCCAUGCCAAGAAUUUUUGCCCCAUUGUUUGUGGAGAAGUCUUUGCCAAGCUUGCUGCGAAACUGGCCACCGACCGGGUUGUUCACCAUUGGACGGUUCCUGCCUGUUGUUUUGGGUCCGUUUCUGGCAAGGGCCUUCCGGAAGCUUUGUAUAUUGCCAAGCAUGCGGCGCAGUCAUCGGCUGCUCUUCCCAAUGGUGCCCUGUUUGUUCAGCUUGACUUGUCGCAGGCUUUUGACUCGUUGUUCGUGAAUGCCAUCCUGUCGUUUCUGCAAGAUCAUUGGCUUGCCUCUACAGCCUCCAGUGCUUCGCUCCUCCGGUGGGUUUUGCUGCAUUCACGGCUGCGAUUUGAGCUGUUCGAUUUCGUGUGGUGGUGUGACCAACGGCGUGGCACACAGCAAGGUGGCAGUCACAGUCCAACGCUGUUUGGCCGCCUGGUUGCCGCCCGCUUUGAGCAACUUACACAAACUUGGCAGUUGCAAGGGGAACACCCCGCGUUUGUUGCUGCAACCUUGUCCCUGUGGGCUCUCUGGUUUAUUGACGAUGCAAUUCUUGUUUUCCAGACUGUUGCUCAAGCCCUCCGACUUCUGCCUCAGGUUGUUUCGAUGCUUGCUGGUUUGGGGCUCAGCAUUAAUGUCGCCAAGUCUUGCAUUCUGGGGUGCUCCCUUUCAUGCGCUUUGCCUGGCUGCUUGGCGGCGUUCCCUGUGGUGGCGACCUCCAAGUAUCUAGGCUUGCCUUUUCAGGUCACUGGUGAGGACGACCAUAUGGUGGAUCAACUCUGUAACCGUGCCACGGCUGCGUUUUUCUCCAACCGUCCCAUUCUGACUAACCGUCUGGCUACACGGCAACACAAACUUCGGCUUUUUAAUGCCCUUGUGACUGCUUCUCUUCGCUGGUCCCUGUGCGUCCUGUCUGUCAGACAACAUGUCCUCCGGCGUCUUCGCGUGCACUGUGUGACCUUGCUUACGUGGCUGCUGGGGGGUCGUGCGCACCCUUCUUGGUUUACUGUGGAAUGCUUGCAGGCUCUGCGACAUGGUGUGAAGCUUUGGGGCCGGGCCUACAGUGAACUCUGGGAUACUUUGCUAGCCCGCAUGGUUUGGCAAUGGAUUGGACAUGUCCUUCGCAUGCCUCCGUCCUCGUUGACUCGCUCCGUGCUCCUUGACUUGAGACCUUCUUCUGGCCAAAGGCGCAGUAGAACCGGACCUGACAACAGUGGUCACCGCAGCGUGAUCCGAUACUUGCAGCAUCAGGGCUUAGAAUUGCACGUUGCGGAAGAUCGUAGCCAGUGGAAAGAUUUGGAAACUAGUUGGCUGCGGCACAAUGGGGUUCCCCCUGUGCCUGAUUCCCAGGCAAACAUAUUCCCAUUAUCUGGAGACAAGUACAUGUGGACCCGGCGGACAGUUGACCUUGAAGGCUUUUGCGUCUCCGUGGAGUUGGACGAGCCUUUGCCGGCAAAUAGACGAUAA